UGUCGUCUGCUCUUAAUAAAUCGUCUGCAGUCGAAAGCUAAACGUCAGACCGAGUGUCAGGAAGUUUUAUAGUGGAAAAGAAGUGAAAAGUUAACUGGAAAUAAAGGAUUUUUUCAUUCAGAAAAAUCUUUUUCACGGGAUAUAUAACAAGUGAAAGAUGGCCUACAGAGUUGUCAUUAUAGCCCUGAGUCUGGUGGCAUGCGGGGUAGCGGGUUCCGUGUCACAGACAUGUGGCGAGCUUGAAUUCUACAACAACGAGGCGCGCACGUGCGUUCCGUGUCGGGCAUGUCCAGAUGGCCAGGUUGCGCUGCGUCUCUGCCACGACAACCGUGAUACGGAGUGCGGCCCAUUCCCGUGGUCUAUGUUCCACAACUCCAAUCCACUCCCCGCGGAACCCGUCAAGGCUACCAUUACAUCCGAAUCUCAGACAUCCAAUGCCGCCGCUGAGAGCCGGACGGCGUCCACGGUGGUUUUAACGGACGUAAGCGGCGAGGACCGGUGGUUUGUGAUCACCUUUGUGCUGGUCGGCGUCCUUGUCGUAGCAGGCGUCGCGGCGGUCAUCAGCAGCAUUGUCUUGUGCUACUGUUGCCGGCAACGAAAGCAGAGGGAAAUCAUAUGUGAAUCUACAUACGUUACCACCCCGUUGAGGCAAGGAGAUUAUAUCGAGCAGUUCCAACUCGUGCGAGAAACAUGAAAGAUACCUUGAUGUGCAAAAAACAUUGAUGUGAUCGCCCUUGGCGGUGAAAAUAACCAGUGCUCACCUGACGUCAUCGCUUUGAAUAUAAUCUCUAUGGCGUCAUCGAUUUGGACAUAAUCUCCGUGACGUCAUCAAAACAGCAACGUUGAUCGGAGACUGUUUUUAUGACUGGAGAUGACAGCAUAUAAUACUUAAGUGAAAUCUGAUUGAGGCCUUAAAACGUGGAAAUUGACUUCAACAGCUUUCAUAGAAAACCUCCAUUGUGAAAAGUUACCAGAAACUGUGUUACACCAGAAAUGUCAGGAUUACAGAUUAUUGCAGUAUUAUAUCGUUCCGUAUAAAGUUUGUGUUCUACCUCUAACGAAAUAUUGUAAAUGAAGGGUGCCAGACUGUGAAUAUCUUGAAAUGCACCGUGGGGCUGAUAAGCCCGUGUUAUGUCUCAAAUAUUGGAUAAUGUACCUCCAUUCCAGAAAAGUGUGUGUGUGUGUGCUACAUGAAUGUUCAGGGUUUUUUUUUCUUCAAACUCCAAGCUUGCUAUUUUCGGAAGUGUUUUGUUUUUAUGGUUCAGUUCUACCCUUUUAGUACAUUGUAGUUUUCGUCGAUAUUCUUAUCGAAUAAUUGACUUUUCCAUUUCGUGUUUUCUGUUCUAUCACGCCCAUUUUGACACUUAGUCAUGUUGUGUGAAAACGUAUUUUUAUUACGCUGUCCUAUGUACAAUUGUGUGUUAUUUGAAUGCAUGAUGACCAUAUAUUAUUUUGGUAUUUUUAAAAAACGAAAUUGUUUAUGUUUUGGAAAGAAUAAUUAUAAAUCAUUCCGAAUACCAAAACUAAUACAAGAUUGUUUGGCCUUGGACGAUUGCAAAAUUAGUCAUAUCAAGCCCCAUUUCAGUUUGAAUAGUGAACAAAUAAUUGAUGUCUGACGUAAUUUACGUUAUUUAUUUUUACAUAUUUGAAAUCAGCAAGAAAAUUAUUUGAAAUCAGCAAGAAAACUAAAAAUUAAUUAUCAAAUGGGUCGAUAAGAUGAAGACUUAUUUUCUCUUCGGAUACUGUCUGUUUUUCCGCGUGUUUCCAUUUUUAGUUUGGUUUGAAUCUGUUCUUUUUUCUUUCAAUAGUUUAUAGUUCGUAUUUUAAAUAUUAUUAUGUACAGUGUAAAUACAUGUAAAUAUGUACAUUUUCAUAAUUGAAAUGUUAUUUAUUAUUGUGUCCGUUAUUUUCUCGAUAGAGAACAAAUAAAAAAUAA